AUGGUGAAGUACUCCAAACGCUUUUGCACCUCGGACGAUUCGAAAAUAACAUCCGUCCUGGAGUUAAAUAAAAUUAAGAUUGAGGGCUACAUGCGAAACAUAAAAAUAGAAGACGUGAGCACACUGAGGUGCAUAGAAACGUUGGACUUAAAUAACUACUAUUUGCUCCAUCUUUACCUCAAGGAUGUGUAUUAUAUUUUUUUGCAAUUCGUCACUCACUUGGCAGAUGACGAGGAACAGACGUUGCUGAAUCGGGAGAGGGAGAGAAACGCCUUUCUGUUUAAUACCGAGAUCAGGAAUUACGACUCGUUCUUGGAGCAGGUGAAGAAACUCAGAUCAGGGUGCACAUGCCUUGGCCCAGGGGGAGGUACCAAUAAUGGGGAACAAUAUAACAAGGGAGAAGCUACUCGGGGAGAAGCUACUCGGGGCGCAGUUACGGAGGAUACCUUAAACGGGGGACAGUCUACCCUGGUCGAGAACAGAGGGGGAGAUCCUUCAAGCCAUCCUGAUGCAGACUCUUCCUUUGUCGACAACCAACCGAAGGAGAAGAACACCCCUCGAUUCGAUUACGCAAACGAACUCGUCUACCAUCUCUACUCAGAGGACGAAAUAGAACUGUUAAAUAUAGACAAGGAAGUGAAUGCCCGAGUGAAAAAGGAAAAUAUUUUUGAGAGAUGUACCAGAAUUAAUAACAAUAUUGUUAUAUAUAUGCUGUCCUACCUUUACUUCAAUGAUAAACUGAAGAGACUUCGGUUGGACUACAGAUUCCAUUUUAUUCUGUUUAACAGGAGGAGAGGAGAGGGGCGUGGGAGAGUGACUAACUCUCCGGGAGUGGAUGAGGUAGAAGGGGAGACAAGGGAAGGUACUCUCAGUGAAGAGACUGGCCUCACCCAGGAACAACUUUUCCUCAUUUACCUGUCCCACUUCAAGUUUUACAUCGUCUCCUUUUUUUUGUAUUCCUACGUGAGGUUCAAGGGGAGCAGCACUUCGAAGCGCACCGUGGGGCAAAGAAGCACAACGGAGCGACUAAGUACCGGUGGGAUGACAGCUAGAGGGGCCGCGCGAAGUACGCCACCCCCGGCCAAGGAACAGUUCCUGUAUAACGACGAAGAUAACCGGAAGAACGUCGCAAGCGUGUCUUCCUACAUUUCCAACUUUGUGAAUAAGGUGUUGCAUGACAUAGACCUCGAGCUGAAGACAAAUCGAUCUGCAUCUAACAUAGAUGCAGGAAGUGGAAAAAACCAGAUGGGUUCAUGUACUAGCGAAAUGAUUAACGAAAUACUGAAGAACAAACUUUCCUUUAAGCAGGUCACUCUAAGUCACCUUGACUUCUGCCUCUCUUGCAUCGUCCUCCUGAACUUGUGCGCCCCAGAUGGCAUGCAGUCCUGCCUUUACUACAGCAUCACGUACGCGCAUUUCUUUCACACCUUCGAGAGGUAUUCAGUGUCGCUUGCCCUAUGGAGGGAAC